AUGAAUUGGGAUGAAAAAAAUUACAAAAAUAAUUUCGAUUUAAAAAAACAAUUACAUAAUAUAUUUUUUAUCCUAGGUUUAGUUAUUCAGAAUAUACUUGUAGAUAAUGAUUUCUUAGAAUAUGUUAAUAUAAAUGAUAUAUAUAAAACAUUAUAUCAUAUCUUCAAAACUAGAUAUUUAAAUAUACUUAAUACACAUUUAGAUGGCUCUCAUACUGAGAAAAAUGAAAAUAAUAGUCUCCUGCGCGAUGAUACGGACUCAUUAAAAAAAGGUAAUGAUAAUAUAAGUCCCCUUAUAAAUGAUGAUCAUAUAUCUGAACAUAUUAAUGAUAAUAUUAUUAGUUCUAAUAAAAAUAACGUACUAUUAUCUUUUGAAAACAAUAAACCAUUUUCAUAUAAUAAUAAAUCUAUAAAUUCAAAUAAUAACAUGCCAGAAAAUUAUAAUGAAACAGAUAGUCCGGUUCAGAAUAGCACACCAUUACAUAUUGAAAAUAACUUCUUCUAUGAACAAAUAAAAUUAAAAUUUGAAAAUAUUUUUUCCUAUUCUCCCCAAAGAGAAAAAUAUAAUAAUUUAAAUUUUAUACAAAUUAAUAAUUUAAAAUGUCUUAAAUAUGCAAUUAGUGCUUGUAUUUAUUCAAACAUAAAAAUAUCUGGUAAAAGUAUAAGCUUAAGAAAUAUUUUAAAUACCACGCAUUUUUUUAUAUCUCUACUAAUAAAUGAUAAUAAUGAUUCUUAUCAUCAUCACCAUCAUAAAAAAAAAAAAAGAAGUAAUGUUUAUAUAAAUAGCCUAAAGGAUACUAUUUCUAAUAUUAAUAAAUAUGAACCUAUUAUUAAAGAAAAUAUUUAUCAAGAAAAAGAAGAAAGCUUAAAAAUGGAAAGAAUUGCUUUAUUUUCAUCUUCAUUUAAACUAUCCAAUAAUAUUACAAAAUAUUCCUUACUAUAUGAAUUAAUGUUUAUAACUAGAUCACCAUAUAUUAUAAAUAAAUUUCUCUUAUCGGUAUUCAAUGAUGUAUUGUGUAUACCAAAUAUAAACAAUAAAUAUGAUGAUACUGUUAUUGUAUUUUCAUGUAUCCUAUUUGUUAACCAUUUUUUUUAUCAUAUUAAUCAAAAAUCGAAAGAGACAAAAAAUAAUUCAUUCCAUGUUAAAAAUAGAAUUUUAUACUUAAACCAAGUUCAAAAAAUUAUCAAGCUCUUUCUACUCUUAUGCCCAGAUAAUAAAAUUGAACAGAUGGAUAAUAUACGUCGAUUUACCAAAAAAAUUGUACAAAUGUAUUCUUACAUGUAUUAA